AUGACUGCGGGUCCUGGCCUGACGCCUGCUGUGCAGAAUAGAAGCGGCCCUGAGCUGUAUAUUAAGGACAAGGAUCCUGUAGUUGUGAAAUCUUAUCCUGCCCCUAUUGGUGUCUCUAUUGAGGAUUGGAUGAUCUUCAUGGAUUAUUGCAAUACUGAUAAAUUCAAGGAAUCAAGUGUAAGAAAUGCAUCCAAUCGGGCCAAACAAGUUGGCCCUUCUACACUUGGUCGGCGUAGCAUGGCUGCCACACGUCAUGAGAUGGCAAUUGAGAGGAAUCUUACUACUGAUGCCGAGGUUGGUAGGGCUGAGGUGUACAUCCGAGCCCAUACAACAAAGGAUAACAAAGUGCAGUUUCCAGAAACCUUUGAAAAAAUAAAAUCGAUUCAAAGUAGUAAUCCCGCAUCUCGGAUGACCAGUGUAAAUGAUGCCCUUACACAGUCAAUUGGGAGUGAUAGUAGAGGGCGCAUGCGGGGGAUAGGUGGGAAUGUAGGCAAGAUUACAUUGAAGAAGACAAUGCCUAUUGUACAUAAGCUCGGUGUGGUGUCGCGGGAAUGAGAUAAUUUGGUAGAUAAAUUAGAUGAAAUGCAGAAAAGCCUAGGAGAUCUCCACCAGAAGUUUCAAUGCUUUGUAGAUAAGCAAGGGGAACAAGGGGAUGUGGCUCCACCGACAAUUCCUCCAUUUAAAUCUAGUCAUGCAUCGUCGCCUGAUUUGGUAAAUCUUGGCAAGAGAUGCGAUCUCUGUGAUUGGAAGAAAUGGGUAAUUGCUCGUGGUGAGGUGCAUGCAGUGGAUCCAAAAACCCGUGUCCAUGGAGCAGAAAUGGGCGAUGGAAAUUUUAGUGUUGUCCUGAUGGAGAUUAUAGCUCCGCAAUCAGAGCUAUGGAAGGAAGAUGGUUAUCAUGAUACGCUUGGAGAGGUCGGUGUAGGAGGAUUUGUCGUAUGGCCCAAGCUAUUUCUAACCAUCUAUCCAUGAUGUUUAUGAAUAUUAGACAUUACAAUAACUAACACAAUUAACUUUUGUUUUUAAACUAUAUCGUAACAUAGACAGAUGCAUGCAUAUUAUGGAAUCGAAUGAAUUUAACACUCACUUCAGAUUACACCCA